AUGGAGCGGCUUCGCGAGUGCACCUUUCAUCCCAAUGUACUGAAACCUCCUCGACCAAUAUCAAAAGCAAAGCGCAAAGAUCAAAGUCAUCCUGGAACAACUGAAUUCCAGUGGCUCACUCUCAGUCCCCGCCAGAAGAUCUUUAGACGGAUCGAUGGCUCACACGACGUCAACAAAGAAAAUGGCAGUCAAAACGUUAUCCAGAGGCUUCAUCUGGACGGAACGGCACGCUACGAGUCACGAGAGGAAGCUCGAGAGGCACUGGAGGCUCAAAAACUCCAAGAAUGUACGUUCAAACCGAAGAUUAAUCCGACAUCCAAGUCAAUGUGCAGCUCGAUCGACUACAAGCCAAUACACGAUCGAGUUCCGGAUCUCCAGCGCGCGAAGGCUGAGUAUAUCGAGAGAAUUCGUGAGCAACUCGACCAGGAAGAAUGGGGUCCAUUAUCGUUUACACCUACGAUCAAUCCAAAAAGCAGGGAAAUCGCUACGAACAAGCUAGCGGAAAGAGAGGCAGAGACUUUCAGGUCGGACACUAAUGCUCUCAAAGUGACCGAUCGCUUAGCAAACGAUGCCGAUGAAAUAGCAGAGAGGAAAAUAGCUACUCAAGAGUACUUCGACAUGCUGAACGAGCAGCCAUUUGCGCCUCAGAUUAGUGAAACUUCAAGGAAAAUCGUGGAGCAGAAACCUGAGUUUAAGAUGGAGUUUGUAGCUCGUCAAGAGUAUUUCCAGUCACGUGACCAAGAGAAGUUGGAGGCACUUGAAGAGUUCUGUGAUAAGGACUACGCCCGAGGAGAGAAGCUGACGUUUAAACCGGAUAUUGGCAAUGCAGACGGCGUAUUGAAGCAUUUGCGACCUGAUCGGUGUACCGAAAGCAGUCAGCAAAAACUGUACCGACUCACAUACAACGAUCAGCGUGAAGCGGAGUUUAAGAAGCAGCGUCUACGAGAGGAGCAGUAUGCCCAAUACACCUUCAAACCAGAAAUUAAUGCCGUUUCGAAGGCACUUGGCAGGUCGUCAACUCUUGACGAGCUCUCGCACCCCGUGCUUGAUAUCCAACCUGACCAACCUGCCUCGAACGUUUCACCACCACACGAAGGGAGAAAUGCUCGUGAUUUAUCAUCCAGAGUUGCAUUGAGGCAAUAUUUUGCCAACAAGCGCUUCCGUUCGCGAGUUGCGCUUGAAAUGGAAGAAGCAAGCAAAGCGGAAUGCACUUUUCAGCCAACGCUAAUUGCAUCUAAACACCACAAUGGCAGUGCAAGCACAAGCAAACUGUACAACCGAGAUCCACGGUCGAGAACGAAGCUGGAGUGGCAAUCAGACGACCUUCUUCACCUCAUUGAAGCUGAACGACAGAAGAAAGCUGAUGAGAUUGAGGCAAAACGGAACGCCAAGGAGCUCAAAGAGCUUGAAGAAUGUACUUUCAAACCUAAUCUGCAAAAGGUAAGACAGCACGGAAAGACAACAGCAAAAGGGUCACCUUCCUCGCCACGGAAUACCACCGAAGAUAAACCUGUGAUUGUUCGUGGACUCGGACGUUUUCUCGAGCUUCGGGGCCGCGCUCGACAGCAACAAGCGGAACAAAAACAGCGAGAGCAAAAGGUAUUUGCACCAAACGCAACCUACGAACCUCGUAGUUAUACGGUACCAAAACCUUUCAAGCUUUCUGAAACCAGCAAAGAAUCAAUACGUCGACGACUAAAGCUGCGUCAGGAAAUGCGGGCCAAAGAGCGACAAGAAUGCACCUUCACACCGCAGACAAUUUCAUCGCAAAAUCGCCGCGCUCUACAAAAUUUGCUGAAUAACUAA